AUGUUCGGCUUCCUCACCAGCCGCUGGCAGUCGGCCACGCCCCAGGCGAAGACGACGCCGACCUGGUUCGCCCACUCCGUCUCGCCCGUGCUGCUCUCGGUCGCAAAGAAGGCAUGCACACACCCAAUCCACACCAUCGUCACAAUCGCCUUCCUAGGCAGCUACUCGUACCUGGGCGUCCUGAACAACGGCCUGUUGGACGUCGAGGACGCGCGCACCGGCCGCGUUGACCUACAAACACUGCUGGCCGGCAGCAAGCUGCUGCGCGCCGGAGAGGAGACAAAGUGGCAGUGGCAGGUCGAGGAGACAAGCGCAAGCGUGCAGGCGCGGGAGCUUGCUCUCGUCACUCUCGUCUUUCCCGAGUCUAGCACCAUCAACUCGGCGCCUUCGCAGAACUCGGUCCCCAGCAAUGUCACAGUCGAACGCCUUCCCAGCUCCUCGAGCUCUUUCUCGACCCUCUCGCAGGACACCUCGCUCGCCUACUCGAUCCCCUAUGCCGAAGCCUCGGACUUUCUCAUGGCCAUGCGCGAGAUCUCUGCGCCAGCCGAUGUCGCCGACGCCCAGGGCUCCGACAAGGAGGGCACUCGCGAGGAGAAGAAGUGGAUGAUGCGCGCCUCCAAGAACGGCAAUGCUUCGGGAGGUGUGCGCAAUUGGAUCAAUGAGUCGUGGACGUCUUUCGUCGAUCUGCUCAAGAACGCUGACACCGGUGACAUUAUCAUCAUGGCACUCGGCUACCUCGCAAUGCACCUGACUUUCGUCUCGCUGUUUCUCGCAAUGCGACGACUUGGCUCGAACUUCUGGCUCGCUACCGCUGUGCUCCUCCAGUCCGCAUUCGCGUUCCUUUUCGCUCUCGGCGUCACAGUCUACCUUGGUGUUCCCAUCAACAUGAUCCUGCUGUCCGAGGGUCUGCCUUUCCUGGUAGUCAUCAUUGGUUUCGAGAAGCCCAUUGUCCUGACAAAGGCUGUGCUCUCGGCUGCUAUCGACGCUCGCCGGACCGCAGACAACCGUGGAGAGCCUGUCACCAUCCAGUCCGCUGUUCAGGUCGCCAUCAAGAGGACAGGAUUCGAGAUCGUUAGAGACUACUUCUUUGAAAUCCUGAUUCUGGUUGCGGGAGCCAUGUCUGGCAUCCAGGGUGGCCUGCGACAGUUCUGCUUCCUCGGCGCGUGGAUCCUGUUCUUCGACUCCAUCAUGCUCCUGACCUUCUACACUGCGAUUCUUACCAUCAAGCUCGAGAUCAACCGUAUCAAGCGUCACGUUGCGCUGCGACGUGCGUUGGAAGAUGAUGGAAUUGAUGGCAAGGUUGCCGAGAACGUGGCCCGCAGCAGCGACUGGCCCAGCAGCUCCGGAGAUGUCCAGCUUCGUUCAAAAACCACUACUAUUUUCGGCAAGAAGAUCACCGUUCCCAAGUUCAAGGUCUUCAUGGUCGCUGGCUUUUUCCUCGUCAAUUUCCUCAACCUCGCUACAUACCGUUUCGGUCUCACACAGACCAAGGGUGCACACGUCUCAGGCGUUGGUGCUUCGCCUCCUCUUGAUCCGUUCAAGGUCGCUGGAAGCGGACUGGAUCACAUCCUUGAACAGGCCAAGAGCACGGGCGUGACUACCUUGGUCACUGUACUGAUGCCCAUCAAGUACGAACUCGAGUACCCAUCUAUUCACUAUGCUGAGCCUAACAUGAUCGACUCCGACUCAGCCUUUGGUGCCAACAUCAGCAACCAUAUUGUUGACGGCGUUCUUAAGAGCUUGGAAGAUCCUUUCCUCAGCAAGUGGAUCGUGCUUGCUCUCGUUAUGAGCGUGGUCCUGAACGGCUAUCUCUUCAAUGCUGCCCGUUUGACCAUCAAGGAACCGCACAAGCCGCUCGAGCCUCCCUCCCCCUCAGAAGUCCAGGAUGGUGCACCUUCAACCACCCAGUCUCGUGUCCCUUCUAUGUCUGUACCCACCCCUCCCAGGACUCCUGGCCCUGAGGAUCAGGCUGGCCGCGGCGGUAUUAGGCCACUGACUGGGACCGCUCCUCGUCCCGCUCCCCCAGCACAAAGACUUCAAGUUGAGGUUCCUACUGGUCCUACCGAGUACCAACAGAAGCAGCCUAACCGAUCCCUCGAGAUUCUGGAGCAGAUGCUUAAGGAGAAAAACGCGCCCAAGAUGACCGACGAAGAGCUGAUCGAAAUGUCGCUCAAGGGCAAGAUUCCUGGCUACGCUCUUGAGAAGACCCUUGGUGAUAAGACCCGCGCUGUUAAGAUCCGCCGUGGUCUGGUAUCCCGCACGCACGCCACUCGUGAGACUUCCACACUCUUGGAAAGCUCUCUCCUCCCAUACGAGCACUACAACUACGACCUUGUUCACGGCGCCUGCUGUGAGAACGUUAUUGGUUAUCUGCCUCUGCCUCUCGGUGUUGCUGGACCCAUUCUUGUUGAUGGCCAGAACUACUUCCUCCCCAUGGCUACCACCGAGGGUGUCCUGGUCGCAUCGACAUCACGUGGUGCCAAGGCUAUCAACGCUGGCGGCGGUGCUGUCACCGUUGUCACCAACGACGGUAUGACUCGCGGACCUUGUAUUGGAUUUGAUAGCUUGGUUCGUGCGGGUGCUGCAAAGAACUGGCUCGACUCCGAGGAGGGACAGAGGACUAUGGCCGAUGCAUUCAACUCGACAUCUCGCUUCGCCAGGCUUCGAACACUCAAGAGCGCUAUCGCUGGUACAAGCGUCUACGUCCGCUUCAGAGCCACCACUGGCGAUGCCAUGGGCAUGAACAUGAUCUCCAAGGGCGUCGAGCACGCACUGACCGUCAUGGCGACCGAGUGCGGCUUCGACGACAUGCGCGUCGUAACCGUCUCCGGCAACUACUGCACCGACAAGAAGGCUGCCGCCAUCAACUGGAUCGACGGCCGUGGCAAGGGCGUCGUCGCCGAAGCCACCAUCCCCGCCGCCGUCGUCAAGUCGGUCCUGAAGUGCGGCGUCGACGAGCUCGUCCAGAUGAACAUCCAAAAGAACCUCAUCGGCUCCGCCAUGGCCGGUUCAAUCGGCGGCUUCAACGCCCACGCCGCUAACAUCGUCGCCGCUAUCUUCCUCGCCACCGGCCAAGAUCCGGCCCAGGUCGUCGAGAGCGCAAACUGCAUCACCAUCAUGAACAACGUAAAAGGCAACCUCCAAAUCUCCGUCUCCAUGCCCUCGAUCGAAGUCGGCACCAUCGGCGGCGGCACGAUCCUGGAGCCCCAAAGCGCCAUGCUCGACCUCCUGGGCGUGCGCGGCGCGCACCAGGAAACCCCCGGCGACAACGCGCGCCAGCUCGCCCGCGUCAUCGCCGCCGGCGUGCUCGCCGGCGAGCUGUCGCUCAACUCCGCCCUGUGCGCCGGCCACCUCGUCAAGGCGCACAUGGCGCACAACAGGAGCGCGGUCACGAGUGCGGCGCCGUCGCGGGCUCCUACACCGGCACCGGCGACGCCUGCUGGGAACGGCGCGAUGACGCCCGCGGUCAACGGGGGCCCGAUUCCUCGGCGCUGA